GCAUACGCUUGCCCAAAAGCUCGACGAAGUUUAGUUCUGAGAGCUCUGCACUGCAAUGGUGGAAGCUGUCUACUCUGCAUCCCUCUUAUAGCUUAGAGCAUUACUUCAAUCGAUGUAAUGGCGCUUCCACUAAAAUCGACUCUCUUCUUACUCUUUCUAAUACUUGUAUCCAACAUCUUUGCUCCUAUAAUCUCCUUUGGAUCGUCCAUAGACCAAGAACGAGAAGAGUUCUAUGAAGAAUUGUUGUUAAGGCCGUUGCCUGAUCGGAAAGUGUUGGCGCAUUUCCACUUCCAAAGCACUGCUCCUCCUUCUAAUUCCAAUGGCCGCCACCAUCAUCUAUUCCCCAAAGCCAUUUCUCAGCUGGUACAAAAAUUUCAGAUUAAGGAAAUGGAAUUAUCUUUCACACAAGGUCGUUGGAACUAUGAAAAAUGGGGUGGAUUUGACCCAAUCUCGAGCAACAAUGCUAAGCCUCCUGGAGUUGAGUUGUGGGCUGUCUUUGAUGUCCCUCAAGACCAAGUUGAUGCUUCUUGGAGGAACUUAACGCACACUCUUUCAGGUCUUUUCUGUGCUUCAAUUAACUUCCUUGAGUCCUCUACAAUGUAUUCAGCUCCUCAGUGGAGCUUCCGGCCAGCUACAGGCAAUAUAAGGUAUGGUAUGCUACCCCGUGAAGCAGUUUGCACUGAGAACCUAACGCCAUGGUUGAAGCUCCUCCCUUGUCGAGACAAAGCUGGGAUUUCUGCAUUAAUGGACAGACCAUCAAUUUAUAGGAGUUUUUAUCAUUCUCAGCGGUUGCAUUUGAUCUCUAAUAAAUCUGGUCCAGAGGGGAUGAACCCAGGCAUAGUUCUUGAACAAGUACUUACUGUUGUUCUUCAGCCUAACAGUCAGAGAACUGGUAUGACUUUUUCUGGUGAAAAGAACGUUCAACCAAGCUGGUCUUUGAGUUCCAUAUUUGGAAGGAAAGUUAGUGGGAAAUGUGUUCUUGCCAAGUCUAGUAAUGUAUACCUUCAGCUGGAGAGAGCUCUAGUUGCCAAACUAAAGAAAAACAAGAAUAAAGGGGCUGACAAUAUAGCUUCUGAAGGGUUUUGGAGUGAAACUGGUUUUGAAUUGUCAGUUAGACCAGACAGGGUGUUUGAAGAAGAGAAUAACAGCCAUAGAAAGGACUCUUCUGUCCUUUUUGAGUUCUCUGUUGAUAAAUACAGUGACUCUCAGCCUUUUGAUCUAGGCCUUACAUGGAAAUUUCCUGUAAUAUGGUCAUGCAAACCAGCACCAUUACACGCUAGUAGGUUCUUGAUGGGAAGUGGGAAUGAAAGGGGUGCAAUUGCUAUCCUGUUGAAAUCUGCAGACUUACACGAUGCCUCCUUGGGCACUUGUAGCAGUAGCGAUGGAUAUAAAUUCCGAGUUGAUGUUUUUCAAGUUGUACCUUGGUAUGUUAAGGUAUACUAUCAUACUCUUCAGUUGUAUGUGAAUGGCCAACCAAAGGCAGUUGGAGAUGUUAUCGAGAAGAUUCAUGUUUCACCUUCCAAAGACAAGAUAUCACCAGGAGUCAUGGAGAUGGUUUUGCAAUUUCCUUGUGAUGUGAAAUCAGCUGUCUUAACAUUAGAGUUUGAUAAGGGUUUCCUACAUAUCGACGAAUAUCCUCCAGAUGCUAAUCAAGGAUUUGAUAUUCCAUCAGCUGCAAUAAGCUUUCCCAACUUUUAUACCAGCUUGUUUUUUCCUGGCAAUGGUUCUGUGGACAAGUCACCUGUGUUGAUGAAAUUUCAGGAAAAAAAUCCUGUUCUCUCUUACACAGAAGUAUUACUCGUGCCUUUAACAACGCCUGAUUUUAGCAUGCCAUACAAUGUCAUCACAAUCACAUGCACUGUAUUUGCGUUGUAUUUUGGUUCAUUACUAAAUGUUCUUCGAAGGCGUGUGAAUGAGGAAGAAAGGCUUCUCAAAAGCAAAGCUGGCAAAACCACUCGGCUUUCUAGACUGCUUUCAAAGUUAUCCGCAAAGCUAAGAAGAAAACCACAGGAAACUCCUGAGACACCCUCAAAUUCAUCAUCCUUUAUUAGUUCUAAAUUACUGUUGAAGAUCUUUUUAGUGGCUGUGUUAGCUGUUGCUUGGCAAUACUAUUUUGAAUGAAACCUUUAAUUACUGAAAUUAAGAGCUUCAGUUUGCAGCACAAGAGAGCAGAAAGUAUACUCUAGUUAGGGAUCCGUAAAAAGAUUGUUCCUAUUUCUACCACCAAGUCGAGUGAAAUUUCAUUUGCAGCCAA